UGCCUACGGCUUUUAUUGUUUCCCUUGGUUCGAGUCGAAGCCUCUCUUCCCAAGCGAAUCGAAGCCCGAGUCGACGAGGCAGACCUCCGCCCAGAUCCGCCGGAGCAGGCACUUCUCCGCUCGCACCCGCACCCCCUGCCAGCACCGACGCUCCAUCUCCUCCUCCAGUGGCCGCCGGCGCCCCUCCACUUCUCCCCUAGCCCCUCCACUUCUCCGCCGAAAGCUAGUGCGUCUGAGAUCUGGGAGCGGAUUCCACUCCCUUCUCCUCCCCCGACGAUCCCCUGCCUCGUCUUCUCCUUUGUCGGCGUCCUCCCUUAUCUUCUCCUUCGCCGAAGAUCUAGCCCUUCCUUCACACCCGCCAGAACUAAGUGGGGUCCACCCAGAGAUCUCCGACCAUGCCCUUCUCCUCUCCCCACGAGCGGGAUUGCUGAUUCCGCAGAUGAGCUGAUCAGAACCGCGAGAAGGUUGGAUUUUUCUGCUCCUUAUUGCGGUCUUUGGAGGUGGAUUUGCUGUUCUGACAAAUCAGAGAUGGACGACGAUGAUGGCAGCCUAGGCAUUCGGAAUUGGGGCUUCUAUGACACUGUCAAAGGCAACCUCGGCCUGCAGCUCAUGUCGUCUGCGCCACCUGACCGGGACACAAAGUCACUGCUCCCGAACGGUGCCUUCUUGCAGCACCAUGGACACCACAAUGCCCCACACCAGCUCCACAUGCAGCACUCGCUACAUUCCCGUGGCCCCGCUGGUGGUCGAGCCUCUGGUGGCAUGCCCACCGAGUCGCAACCUAUUCACAUGGACUUCUCACGCAAUGAAGCUUGGUUGCACCAGCCACACCACCACCAACGUCCCCGUGAGCAGAGGGUCCUUCAUUCUCGCCCUAUUGGGCCAGAUGGACAUGUUGGUCAUCCAGGCUAUGGUGGCCAUCCUGCGCAUGGUGGACAUAUUGUGCAUCACCAUCCUACUGGCUAUGAGAUGAUAUCAGAUGCACAGCAUACUCUCCAGAUGAUGCAACCACAGCUUGAGACACAGCUUCAGGAGCCUCCUCCAUGUAAGGAAGAGGAAGCGCCACCUCCACUGAUAGAGGAUCACACUGCAGUUAGUACCGGGCCACCUGUGAAAAAGAGGCAGCGGGGCCGGCAGCAGAACCGGCAGCCUAAGUCACCAAAGCCUAAAAAGCCUAAGAAGGCUGCUGUUCCAGUGGAGGAUGGAGCACCCAAUGGGCAUGCGCCCCGAAGGAGGGGACCUAAGAAGACUGUGGGGAUGGUGAUUAAUGGUAUUGAGCUGGACCUUGCCAACAUACCAACACCAGUCUGCUCGUGCACCGGAUCUCCCCAGCAAUGCUACCGGUGGGGUGCAGGUGGCUGGCAGUCUGCAUGCUGCACAACUUCUAUAUCUAUGUAUCCACUUCCAAUGAGCACAAAGCGCCGGGGUGCACGUAUUUCUGGAAGGAAGAUGAGCCAUGGUGCAUUCAAAAAGGUGCUUGAGAAGCUGGCUGGUGAAGGGUACAACCUUGCUAAUCCAAUUAACUUGAAGACGUUUUGGGCUAAGCAUGGUACAAAUAAGUUUGUAACGAUCAGGUAAAGAAAUAGGCAUGCUAUGUUUGUCGCUUUGUAGGUUGUAGCAGGUCGGAUCCAGCGUAGGUGCUGGGGGAGGUUGAGCCCCCUACACCUGCUCGGAAAAUGGAGUCCCCAACAAUUUUAUGCAUGGAUGAAGAAGUGAAAAAAUGGAGGAAGAUGAGGAGAAAGAGAAGUGCCCCCCCUCCACCCUAAAUCGGUGAUCCUGGAUCCGCCACUGGUUGUAGAGCUGUAGUUAGGCCUGAUUUAUUGCUUGUAUGUUUUUGUGCCAAUCUGCAGAAUCUGUAGGAUUAGUUUGUAGCCAUGUUCAGUUUCAAAAACUAAUUUUCAUGCUUAUUUUGAGCUUCAGAUGUUGACCCAAUUGAAGUAUGUCUGUAUCCUUCACUUUGCAAAAUUUAGUGUAACCAUAAUAGUCUCUAAUUUAGGUGGCAUGAAAUUCAUUGCAUUAAUUAAA